AUGACAGCUUAACAACGAUGACAGCUGACAAAUUACGGAGAAAAAGAAAAAUUUGAUGAGCCAGAGCGCCAGAGGGUAUUAAUUUUGGUGUUUUAUUAAGUACAAUUUUCAUAUGAAAACGCUGUAGAUGAGAGAAGUAAGUAACUUAAAUUUUCACGAUGAAAUUUCAUGAACUCAAUAUCUGGUGAAGUGAUAUACAUAAAUGGAAUUGCAAACAAAGAUUUUUUUGGAAGUGUCAAAACAUUACCUCGUGAAUUAAAAUUAUUGGCUUAAAAGUGAUUUAAGGACCUUUUAAGGUGUUAUUACUAUUAAUUUUAAUAAUAACGUUUUUGGCAAACACUGGUGAAAUGAUUCUCAUCACAUUUGCUAUUGCAACUAACUUUAAAGUUAUAAACUUGUGGUAGCUAGGAAAAACUUCAAGCAGAUGUCCAACACAAUUCCUCCAUUACUUAAUAGCUCUCCACCACCUAUAGUAGGGCCAUUAGAUGAUUUUGAUAAUGAUGAAUUUGGAGAUUUUAAUUCAGCAAGGGACUCAUCAUAUGAUUUUGAUGUAUUAUCAUUUCCGUACAAUACGCCACAAAUAUCCCACAUUGUAGAUCAUGUUUCUAAUGGUAUUAGCAGUCAAAAUAAAGAUACUUUAAAAUGCUCUUUGAAUGAAGAACAUCAACGUAGUGAUUUACAAUCAGAUAUUGGAACAAAAAAACAAGUUUUAAAUGAAGAAGAAGUAUUAGUACAAAAUCAUUCACAAAGUAAAGAUGAACCUACUGUUGAUGCAAAAAACUCAUUUAAAUUUGAGAAAAUCAAUAGUACAUUGGAAAAUAAUAUUUCCAGUUCAACUGUAUUUAUAAAUACAGAAUGUGAAGACCUAAUCAAGAACAAUACAAAUAUAGAAGAGACACAAACAGUUGAUAUUAAUGAGAAAGAACCUAAUCAUGAUAGAAUCGUUAAUCAAAUAUCACAAUUAGAGUCUGAAAUAAAUGAAAAUGGUAGUGAGAAAAAUAAUUGUAUAUCUGACUCAUGUAAAUUUAAAGAGGAGAACUGUGAUGUUCAGUUAAGAAAUGAAACAUUGGAAUCCACUAAUUUGUCUGUAUCAAUUAACAAUUCUAGUCAAGAAGAUAAAUAUGCAUUAAAUUUUCAAGGUGUUGAAAGAAUUGAAUCACCAUAUAUAGAAAAUGAAGGAAGUUGUAAUAGUAAUGAAAUCAUAAUCAAAUCAGUAGCAAGUGAUAAGGAAAGACAAAAAGUUGAAAUUGUUACUAAUUCACAUGCAAAGACCAGUGAUGGCAUAGAACACAAAGAAAUUGAAAAUUAUGACAGGUUUGAAAACUGUGAUGAAGAGAAGGAGAAUACCUUUGAUGACUUUGCUGAUUUUAAUGACCAUAUUACUACAAAAACUUCAUCCGAUGUGCUAAAAGAAGAGCAAGAUAAACAAGAUGAUGACUUUGAUGAUUUUGCUGAUUUUUCAUCUGCUAGCAAUCUAUCUGCCACGACUGAUCCGGAAGUAGAAACUCCAACAUUCACAUUUCCUAAACUUGAAGAAAUAGAGUUGAUAAUUAAAGAAUUUUUCCCCUUGGAGCAACAACAAGAAGUUGUUGGCUAUUUUUCUGAAUGCAAUGAAAAAGAUGAUGUUAUUUUAGCACAAAUAAGAGAUGUCACUGACACCAAAGCCUUAGUCUACAAAUGGGCGAAGUCCAACUCCCAAAGUGCCCUUUUUAAAGCACUAAAUAUUGACAUGCGAAAUAUUCUUUAUGGUCCUCGAUGGAAUGAAACUAUGCCUCCUUUUGCCGCCACUUUGGGUUUCGUUCCAUUAGAACCUGUCAAAUCUGACUCAACUGUACCUCCCACAAGUCAAGAAAGUUCGAUAAAUAUUCCUCCUAAUGUACCAACAGAUCAGAUUGCGGAAAAAGAAAUAGAAGAUGUACCGUCUGCCCAGUUUGAUUGGAAUCUUGCAGGAUUAACCAAUCCUUUAGAUUCUCAAUCCUCUAACUCCUUGAAAGGCUUAAAACUUUCAAAUGAAAAGAACGAAAAUAUUGCAAUUGGCGAUAUUGCAUUAUCAAAAAUAAAUGAUGACACUUCUGUGAAAUCACUUAAUUUCAAUGAGAUCAAUGCCGAUUACGAUUCUCUUGCACAAAUUAAUAAAUCUACGCCACAUUUAGGGGAGGAUGACUUUGGAGAAUUUGAAGGAUUCACUUCAGACCAAUACUCAGUUAAGGAAAUUCCUUUGCGAGAAACAUAUAUUUCUAAUCAAAUUCCAAUUUCAUUGGAAAAUGCCAAAAACUCACCGGUACAAACCGACAAUGAUUUAGAAUUUUCUUGUUGGGUCGAAGUGAAGAAAUCAGAAAGUUUGUCAAAUGCACAUCCAGAAGGACCUCAAGACACCAUAGACGAUUUUGAUGACUUUCAAGCAAGUUCGCCACCUAAACAAGAAACCAAAAGUGUUCCAUUCCUUCAUCAAUUCCAUGCAUCACAAAAUAACGAAUUUCAUCCCACUAGAAAUAUCGUACCACCUAGAUCUAGUACUUUACCUUUAGAGACGCUUAUUCCUACACAGGUUAAUUCCAAUUACAACUCUUUGACUCCAUUGCAACCUAUUCCUGCAUGUAGCAACAUACAGGUUCCUCCCAAAAUAGAAUGGCCUGAACCAGGUAUCAGUGGCCAAGAUCUUGACGACAUUGAACUCAGUUAUAAACCAAAGCAUUUUGAGGAAAAAGAACAAGAUAAUGAAAACCGUCCAAAACAAUCCGCAGUUAUUGGAACUAGUAUAAAAGAAAAAGAAGCAGCAACAGAAGAAGAUGACGAUUGGAGCGAUUUUAUUUCCAGCGAAAAUGCAUCCAAUAACAGUGAAACAACCAAAACAUCACCAAUGUUUGGGCUUCCAGAUAAACCAAAGGCUGAAUUACAAUUAUCGAUUUCUCAAUUAAAUCAAAUCCAACCACCUAAGAAGCCUACACCCGUGAUAACUCAUCAAGGACUCUACAUGAGUGGAGGUUAUCAGUCACCAUCUAGCAUUGCCAUGCAGAUGACACCUAUCCCAAUUCAAUCGCGCCCAUUACGGCAAACAUUCCCUAAUCCUAGGCCUACAAACACUGACUUUCAGCCGUCCUUAAUAAGCAAUCAAUAUGCCAAACAAGUGGAAACAUUAACUUUUGGGCACCACUACAAUAUGCACAGUGGAAUCGGCUUACGACAACAAACCUUUGCACCAAUUACACCAACAACAGCACUAAAUGUGGAUGGUAGUGUUAAUGACGAUGAAGAGUGGUCGGACUUUGUAUCUAGUCGACCGGUGGCUCCGCCUGACCCUCUUCCGAGUAGUAAUGGAUGGGGCAUACGUGACAUACGAGCGCCUAAUUGGCCCGCGACAAAUAUUACACCUAAUAUCAUAACGAACCCUGUCGCGUUCGAUUCGUUUCAUAAUUACCCAACAGCCGGGACGAAAUCAAAAGACGAAGGAAACGGCAAAAUCGGAGGGGUAAAUGCAACACCAUUCGUGUCUGCUGUUACCACAAGUGUUCCCGAACUAGAUUUCGUCGUGCCAAAAAGCAGAACUUGGAAAAAAUGACGGAAAGAGCAAGUCAUGCUGUAAAUACAAAUUGUAUGUACUUAAUUUUCAAAGUUUAGUCUGUUAAUGGUCGUACUAUUUAAUAGAAUCAUAUUGUGAUAUAACGAUUGUGAUUAUUUUAUGUAAGUGAAGAGGUUUACUUUGAGUUUUCUUGACAUCCAAUAUACGCAUUAAUAAUUUAAUAAUCUGAAAGUAGAGUAAUAUACAUCACUAUUGUAUUAGUUUUCAAAAACAUUUUAAAACCUUUUAAUCGCUUAAUUGGUUUUUUAAAUCGUUUUGAUGAGUAUUAAGGUGUUGCAUAUUAUUACCUAAUUGAUAAAAGAAAAAGUAAAUAUAAGAUGUAUUCAAAAUCAGAAUGAAAAGUACUCUGUUACUGAUAUGUUUGUAAAAAGUUCAAGCAAAUCUAUUAGUUUGUAAAUUUUGUUUUUAUAUAUUUUUUUAACGUUAUCAUAACUACACAAACAUUCCUUUAUUUAAAUUUUUAAAUUAAAAUAUGAAAAGAAUGAUGUACUUAAAUUAUGGCAUAUUACGCAUAGAGUUGUGUUUAUAGGGGUUGUGUUUAGGACGUUGUAUUAACAGAUUAAGACUUAUGUUAUUUUCCUAUAAGUGUAUGUAUAUCUACUCUGUUAACAGAAAAUUUAAGAAAUGAUUUAAAAAAUGACUAAAGGUAAGUAUAUAGGAUUUUUUCGAGCUCACACUAAUAAAUAUUACUGUACAAAAAUUA